AAGCUAUCACAUACUAAUGUACUGAGUAUACAUGGUAUAGGCUUGGAGAAAUGCAAAUUUCACAUCUUAUAUCCUUUUAUGAAAAAUAGAACAUUGAAAGAUUUUGUCAGUGAUGAGAACAAGGAAUUCUCGUUAAAACAAUUACUAGGAUACGGUGUUCAGAUAUCAGAAGGAAUGUGUUUUUUAUAUGAUCAUGGUAUAGUUCACGAAGAUCUUGCCACUAGGAAUUGUAUGGUGAGCCAAGAUUCAUUGAUAAAGAUUUCAGAUUCUGCAUAUUCACACGAUUUUUUUCCAACUGAAUACAUGCUAGACUUGACAAAAAAUCGUUAUUUACCAAUUAGAUGGAUGGCACCAGAGUCUAUAAAAUUUGGGUUUUAUGAUAUCAAGAGUGAUGUGUGGUCUUAUGGUGUUUUAUUAUGGGAACUUCUAACAAGAGGAUGUUUACCGUUUAUUGAUACUGCUGAUAGUGGAAUUUAUGACUUGCUUGUUGAAGGCUUUAGACUUGGUAAACCAGAAAUAAUAUCUGAUGAAAUAUAUGAAUUGAUAAAUAAAUGCUGGGAAGAGGAGAGUGAAUUCCGACCAUCAUUUGCU